AUGACCCCUCCAAAGCUGAACAAGCCGCUGUUACUUUAUUUAUCGGUUGCACAUGAAUCUUUGGGAUGUAUGCUCGCCCAGGAGGAUGAAGGGGUUGAAAGAGUGGUUUAUUAUAUGAGUCGCGGUUCGACUGAUACAGAAAUCCACUAUACGGGCAUAGAAAAAAUUUGCCUUUUGGUGGUGUACGUAUUGUCCCAGACCGAUAUUAUUAAGUAUGUUUUGUUGAAGCCAUACUUAAGAAUUUGGAUUCGAAAGUGGGCGAUUGCCAUGUCCGAAGUUACAUUGGUAUAUGUUCUUCAAAGAGCAGUGAAAGGGCAAGUUUUGGCCGAUUUUUUAUCCGAUCAUCCUGGUAUCACUCUUAAGGAAGAGACAAUUAGUUGCAUCAACAUAGCCAUAUGGGAGAUGUGGUUCGACGGAUCUAGGACUAGCCAGGGGCAGGCAGACUACGAGGCCCUGAUAUUCGGCCUUGAGAUUUUGGCCAAGCUGGGGGCAAAGGUGAGCAACGUAAGAGGCGAUUAUUUGUUGGUCAUUAAGCAAGUGAUUGGGGAAUUUAAGUGCGAGUCCGAGCUCCUGGUUAGAUAUUGCAAUAAGGCAAAGCACUUAAUUAAAGGCUUUCAAGAUACAAGGUUAGAAUAUACCGAGAGGGCUGAUAAUUAUAUCGCCAAUGACUUGCCUCAACACGGCAGCGGUUAUAAGGUAAACUUUCAGUUCAACGCAAUCGAAAGAGAAACGCCGAAUCUUCAUACUAGGGCAUUACCAUUGAUGAAAGAAGUCUUUCAGUUUAUCAAUUGGAUGUUACCCAAGAUUGGAGAACUGAAAUUCUGGCAUGGUUUGAGAAACCAGAUCAGACAAAUAGGAGGCAGAGGACCCUGGCCCUAA